UAUAACCACGGAGUGUAUUCCUUGUACAAGACUCUUCUCGUGGUCUUGUUAACCGAGGUGCUAAUACUGCAUUGGAGCCGUCUUGGAGUAAAAGAUGUUGUGGAUUUUUGUUGCUUUAAUCGCCAGCGUCGUGGCGUCACCGCAUGAUAGAGAAAGGCGGGAAAAUGGCUACCAGUUGUUCGAGGGGGAUAUUAUGUUCACCGCUGAGCAAAUACGGGCCGCUGAGCACGGCCAGGACCCGGGCUCUGUGGGAGCUACUGCGCGUGGCCUGAGACAGCAGGGCCGCUGGCCAGGGGGAGUUGUGCCGUACGUUCUUGACAAGAGUGUCAAGAACCCCUUCCUGAACUCUCUUGGCCUCAAGGGGCCUUCCGAGAAGGCCAUCGAGGGCGCCAUCAAGGAAUGGCAGCAGAAGACAUGCAUCCGCUUCGUGCCACGUACCGACCAGAAGGACUACGUGCAGUUCUUCGAUGGAGGCUUUAGCAAGUGCUGGUCCUACGUGGGUCGCAUAGGCGGCAUGCAGAAGAUUUCUAUCGGCUUUGGCUGUUUCACUCAGGGAGUCGUGGUACACGAGAUUGGCCACGCGUUGGGGUUCUACCACGAACAGAGCAGGCCUGACCGGGAUAAUUACGUGGAGAUUGUUUGGAGCAACAUCAAGGAAGAAAACAAACACAACUUCGAGAAGUACAACCACGGAGUGAUUGACAGCUUGGGCGUGCCGUACGAUUACGGAUCUAUCAUGCACUACGGGAAGCGCGACUUUGCCAAAUGGCCUUGGCAAACCACAAUUAAGGUCAAGAAAUCAGGCGCGUCUAUUGGUCAGCGGUCACACCUCAGCGCGCUGGAUGCAAAACAGAUGAACCUGUUUUAUAACUGCAAAACGAAGGUUUAAUCGACCGUAAAAAAUAAAGAUACUGAAAACCA